GGCGACAAGAACUCCGCGCAGCCAUGGCCGCAGCUGCCCGAGCCCGGGUCGCGCACUUGCUGAGGCAGCUGCAACACGCAUCAUGCCAGUGCCCAACUCAUUCUCAUACUUACUCCCAAGAUGGCUGUUUCAAAUAUUAGAUAUGGAGCAGGAGUUACAAAGGAAGUGGGCAUGGAUCUACAAAACAUGGGUGCUAAAAAUGUUUGCUUGAUGACAGACAAGAACCUCUCCCAGCUCCCUCCUGUGCAAGUAGUUAUGGACUCCCUAGUGAAGAAUGGCGUCCACUUUCAGGUGUAUGAUAAUGUGAGGGUGGAACCGACAGAUUCGAGCUUCAUGGAAGCUAUUGAGUUUGCCAAAAAGGGAGCUUUUGAUGCCUACGUUGCUGUGGGUGGUGGCUCCACCAUGGACACCUGUAAAGCUGCUAAUCUGUAUGCCUCCAGCCCUCACUCUGAUUUCCUAGAUUAUGUCAACGCUCCCAUUGGGAAGGGAAAGCCUGUGUCUGUGCCUCUUAAGCCUUUAAUUGCAGUCCCAACUACUACAGGAACUGGGAGUGAAACUACUGGCGUUGCCGUUUUCGACUAUGAACACUUAAAAGUAAAAACUGGCAUUGCUUCAAGAGCCAUCAAACCCACACUGGGAUUGAUUGAUCCUCUGCACACCCUCCACAUGCCUGCACGGGUGGUUGCCAACAGUGGCUUCGAUGUGCUGUGCCAUGCCCUGGAGUCAUACACUGCCCUCCCCUAUCACAAGAGGAGCCCCUGCCCUUCAAAUCCCAUGCUGCGUCCGGCGUACCAGGGCAGCAACCCGAUCAGCGACCUCUGGUCCAUCCAUGCUCUGAGGAUCGUUGCUAAGUAUCUGAAGAGGGCUGUCAAAAAUCCUGACGAUCUUGAAGCAAGGUCUCAUAUGCACUUGGCAAGUGCUUUUGCUGGCAUUGGCUUUGGAAAUGCUGGUGUUCAUCUGUGCCAUGGAAUGUCUUACCCAAUUUCAGGUUUAGUGAAGACAUACAAAGCAAAGGAUUACAAUGUGGAUCACCCACUGGUGCCCCAUGGCCUUUCCGUGGUGCUCACGUCCCCCGCGGUGUUCACUUUCACUGCCCAGAUGUUUCCGGAGAGACACCUGGAGACCGCAGAAAUAUUAGGAGCUGACAUCCACACCGCCAGGACCCAGGACGCCGGGCCUGUGUUGGCAGAUUCACUCCGGAAAUUCUUAUUUGAUCUGGAUGUUGAUGAUGGCCUAGAAGCUGUUGGUUACACCAAGGCUGACAUCCCUGCUUUAGUGAAAGGAACGCUGCCCCAGGAAAGGGUCACCAAGCUUGCACCACGUCCCCAGACAGAAGAGGAUCUAUCUGCUCUGUUUGAAGCUUCAAUGAAACUGUAUUAAUUGUCAUUUUAACUGAAAGAAUUACCACUGGCUGUCUUCGUUCUGGAAACAGAAGAUAUCUAAUUACAGCUUUGUUUUUUCAUCUCCACACAAUUUAAAUUGCUACCAAUUUGAAUGUGAUAUUAAUGUAUCCUGCAGAAUAUUCCCUGAUGCUCAAAGUCAAGUUACUUUCAUAAAACAGGCUGGACAAAUGCCCACUAUGUCAGCUUGUCAGUUUCCUGGGAUAGACUUUAGACCGUAGCAUUUCUGCCCCAGGCCCCACAGAAUACUCUGCCCUUCCUCCAGGCAGCAAAUGGGCAAAACCUCAGUAUCCUUAAAAGGUGUAAGUCUACAUACAUAUCCUAUGGUGCAUAACUAGCUGCAUGUCUAGAAAUUUAUCUUAUAGAAAUACUAGCACAAGUGUGUAAAGAAAUACAGCAAGGGUGUUUCUGGCAACACUUUUUUAUCAUAAUGAAAAAUUUUAAACAACCUAAAUAUUUAUUGAUAUUGAUAUUCAUAGAUAAGUAAAUAAUAGUAUAUCAAAAAUGGAAUAUUGCAGUGCUAUUAUAAUAAUAAAGAUGAAGUAGAUCUGUUGGAAAUAUGUCUAUAAUAAACUGUUAAGUUGACAAAAA